ACUUUCAAACAUACACAAACUUACUCUUCUUUUUGUCACUCCAACACCAUAAAAACAAAACUUUAAAGCACCUUGCAUUCCAUGAAAUUUCAGAGAAUGUUUAGUUUUUCAGCUCAAACCGACUUCUGCGGUCGCAGAUGUGUGUGGGUCAACGGCCCGGUUAUAGUAGGGGCGGGACCCUCAGGGCUAGCCGUGUCGGCUUGCCUUAAGGAACAAUGCAUUCCCUUUGUAGUCAUCGAACGAGCUGACUGCAUCGCUUCUCUAUGGCAAAAACGCACCUAUGACCGCCUAAAACUUCACCUCCCGAAAAAAUUCUGCCAACUUCCCAACCUACCCUUUCCCGAGGACUACCCCGAAUACCCAACAAAGAAACAAUUCAUCGCGUAUCUUGAGAACUACGCUCAAAAGUUUGAUAUCAAGCCGCAGUUCAACGAGUGUGUGCAGUCUGCUAAGUACGACGAAGCCUGCAAGCUGUGGCGGGUGGUUACCGCCUCAACAAGCGGGUCUGAAACAGAGUAUAUCUGUCAAAUGCUUGUGGUGGCAACAGGAGAAAAUGCAGAAGGGGUAGUGCCAGAAAUAGAUGGACUAGAAGAAUUCUCAGGUGAAGUCAUCCAUGCAAAAGACUACAAGUCCGGCCAGAAAUACACAGGAAAGAAAGUAUUGGUGGUCGGGUGUGGAAAUUCGGGCAUGGAGGUCUCACUAGACCUCUCCAACCACAAUGCCAAGCCAUCCAUGGUGGUUCGAAGCUCGGUUCAUGUCUUGCCCAGAGAAAUCAUGGGAAAGUCAACAUUUGAUCUAGCCAUGAUGCUGAUGAAAUGGCUACCUCUAUGGCUAGUUGACAAACUAUUGUUAAUGUUAACAUGGUUCAUUCUUGGAAACAUUCAAAAGUACGGAAUUAAAAGACCAUCUUUAGGCCCAUUAGAACUCAAAAACCACCAUGGAAAGACUCCAGUACUCGACAUUGGCGCGCUUGAGAAAAUCCGAUCAGGCGAGAUCAAAGUCGUCCCUGGGAUCAAAAGAUUUAGUUACAACUCGGUGGAGCUCGUCAACGGUGAGACACUCGACAUUGAUUCGGUUGUUUUAGCUACCGGGUAUCGCAGCAAUGUCCCUUUCUGGCUUCAGGAGACUGAAUUCUUUGCUAAAAACGGGUUCCCAAAGACGCCGUUUCCAAAUGGUUGGAAGGGAAAACGUGGGUUAUAUGCAUCCGGAUUCACCAGAAGAGGACUUGCUGGUGCGUCUGCUGACGCUGUUAAAAUUUCUCAAGAUAUUGGCAAGGUUUGGAAUGAAGAAUUUAAUCACAAGAAAAAGAAACUUCAUAUACUCAGAAGAUGCAUCUCAACUUUCUAACUUUAUUUAACAAAAACGAACUCAUGGUAAAAAGAGUUAGGAUUUAUAUAUUCUGCAGGUGGUGUAUAUUUAAAACUAUAUGCGGAAACUGGAAACAAUAUAGAACAGAAGAGCAGAUGCCAACCCAAAUAAGAAAAAGAAAAGUAGUAAGCUUAGAAAAUUGUUUGUAUACCUGGCACGAUGAGUGUAACAUUCUUUUAUAUAAUGUUCUACUCUUAUUGGUUGCUUUCGUUCAUUUUGUAAUUCUCUUUCUAUAUUUUAUUAUUGAAAAUAUCGAGUAAAUGAAGCUCGUCUAUUUUCCUUCAUUAUACAAGGGUGUAAAAUAUAUUUU